AUGCCGGCGUGCGCGAUGGGCGACGCGCACGACGGCGUGGGCGCGUCGUACGCGGGCGUGGAGGGGCGCGUCGGGGUGAAAUCGCGAGAUGGCGAACGCGCGGGCGGACGGAUCGAGGGCGAGAUCCGAUGGAAGACGCCCGAGCUCGUCGCCGAGGACGCGCGAGAGGGACGACGGGACGUCGAGGGUUUGGAGACGUGCUCGACGAGCGAUGAUUCGAGGCCGUGCUCGCGCGCGGACGCGGUGAAGAGGGAGAUUUCGGGGGGUGGCGGGAAGAAUUCUCCGGAAUUCGAGCGCGCGUGGACGGCGGCGAGGAAGAGAUUCUCCGAGGAAGCGGUGCGCGGAGACGGUGCGCGGAUGCGACGAGAGCUCAACGCGAUGGGUCAGAGGGAGUUGCAAGCGCUGUUCGUGGAGAUGUUCGAAAAGGUGACGACGAGUAACAAUAAUCAGUGGUUGCGGCGACGCAUCUCCGCCGGGCUCGGACUCGACGACCACGCGGAGCAAACGAGCGCGACGUCCGAGCACACCAAGCCAGUGGUCGACGAGCGAUCGUCAAAGCGUCAGAGCUCGAGACGAGGCUCGAUCGACGCCGCCAGAGCGAGGGUAAAGGUUGAGGAACCAUGGCGGGCGACGAAGACGCCGAACUCGGACGACGCCGCGGAAUUCACUCCCGACGGCAUUCGAAAAUCUCGACGUGCCGUUAAGCCGAAGACGAUAUUUGAUUCCGAUGCCUUCCCGUCCGCGGCCAAGGUGAGCGAAGAGAAACGGAAGGAACGUAGGAGACGAGAGCUUCAGGAACGGACCGAGAUGCUGACGAGUCAAGGCGUCUCAGAGCACCACGGAGGCAAGCUGUGCGUCGGUCGACGCGUACGGGUAUACUGGCCGCUUGAGGGAACGUUCUUCGCGGGCGUGGUGAGUUCUUACAACUCGCGCACGGGUUUGCAUCACAUCAGUUACGACGACGGCGACGAGGAGGAGAUUUUGUUGGCGACGCCGGGAGACUCGUCGCCCGCUCGAGCGACAAUUUCGAUCGAGCAUCCGGCGAUCGAUUCUCCCGAGACGAACUCGAGCGACUGGCCUGCGCUGAAACGAUGCCAUCCGGACGCGUUCAAGUCGCUGCCUCCGGCGGGGAAGCAGUGGGAUCAUCCUCGAGGCGUCGGAAAUAAGUGGCUCGACGUCGGAAAGUUGGUCUGGGGACGCGUUCGCGGUCAUGGUUGGUGGCCGGGACAGGUGCGCGACAAGGACGAGACUCAUAACACAUACGAGAUCAGUUUCUUCGAUAACAGCGUCGCUCGAGUCCAUGAACAGGAUUUACUUUCGUUCUCCAUGUUCUACGGCGAACUGGUUCAAGCGAAGAAGACCAAGGCGUACGCCGAGGCGGUUUCUCGAGCGUCCAAGGAAUACGAGUCUCAUCGACGACAAACGUUGAAGCGACGAACGAAGAAGAACGAGCGAGCGGUCACUCCGGUCGUAACCGAGGAACCUCGCAUCUGGCACUUUGAGCGCGAGUCGGCGAGGAAGCCACAAAAGCGCUCAAAACCAGACAUCGCCGAAGACGUCGCGAUCAUCUCUGAGAAGAAGUCCAAACAAUUGCCACUCGUAGAGCCGGUAGUCUUCGGGGCUCCUAAAGCGCCGAAGACGCUCAAUGACUUGACGAAGAGUCUGGACGCGAUCUUGAAGAAGGUCCUUCCCAUCGCCCAAGACAGUCUCGAGGUCAUCAACAAGCACCUCUCGGACACCGCCGUGGUGAAACCCGAGGACGAAGAGCAAUCGUUGAUCGCCGCGGACGAGCGUGUCGUCGUGCUCGAUGAGCUCGCAUCCAUCGAAUCCCUGAUCGCGUGGAGCAAGGAAGGGAAGACAAAGAUGCCGCCGCCGUCGACGACGCCAGAUUUAGCCUUCAUGACCAAUGGGUGGAAGUCCGCGAGUGGCAAUUUUUCCUCUUCCGAUUCAAAGAAACUCCUUCGACAAGCGAGCCAGGAGUUGCUUGGUGGACACCUCGAUGCGAUCCAGUGGAGUAUGGAUUUCGCGGAUCCGAUGGGACUCAACGCAGCUCGCUGCUUCGAAGAAGAAGAUGCCCGGGCCACGGCGCCGUCGACUCCUGAGCAGUACGGUGUCGAUCACGAUGGGGCAUACUUCCAAAAUACCGUCAUCAGCGAUUCAUGCGCCACCAUGCGCACAAAUUUCGAUGCAGAGAAGCCCACGGUUGCUGGAGCGUCCGCGUAG